UAAAAAAAAAAGCGGAACGAGGCCACAAAAACAGAAUAACGCUAUCGAGUACACCACCAAACAGUACUUCCUGUAAGAGUAACACCGUCUUGACAACCAAGAAAAGUGUUGCUUAAAUUGUGCUGUUGUGAUAGAGGAACCGCUGAUCAUCGUAUAUGUUUGCUUGACGGAACAUAACUGAAGAUACACAGUUUGAAACUACAAACAUGCCUCGACCUUCUCGAAGCAAACUGUCGCCAUGGAUAGAGAAUCUGAUCCUGAGCUAUGGCAGUCAGGAGGGGAACAGCAGCAGCGGGCGGCUAAAGGCUCAUGUCAUCGGGGUGGGUCAGAUGUCUCAAUCCCAGGCACAGGGCGCUGAGGGCCCUACAGGGCUCCUCUUCCUUUCCGACGGGGUGCUCCAGAUCCCUGCCAUUCUCACUGCAUCAGCCUGGGAACAUCUUCAGGAGCAGGAGGACCGCGAGUGUUUCACCAGCCUGGUCAACACCACGGUGUGCAUUCAAGACUACCGGUUGCAGUUUCACAUGGCCCUCGAACAGAUUAAAUGCAGAUUCUUUUUACUAGUUGGAGAACUGGCUACCACUGCAGCUGGUCCAGUUAAAGACAACACCCCUUGCUUCACGACCCUGCCCUCUGUCAGGCUGAAGAUCUCUAAGACAUGGAGGGCCCUGUUGGGUCAGGAGGCGCAGGACUCUCAGAAGAGCCAGUGUGGGUUUGAUCUGUCAGAGCUGCUGGGGGAGUGGCAGCAUGACUUUGUGCAGGCUGUGCUGGAGGAUGUUCAGGAGAAGCUGAUGGUAGCGAGCAGUAGCCCUGAGAGCCCACAGCCCUCCACCUCAUUGCUGACCCACCCGAACGCAUUCUCUGCCCCAAGCUGGGAUGUUGAUAGGGUCAGAUAUAAGGGAGUGAAAUGUUUCAGUGUCCCCAUACAGUGUCUUCUCAUCCAAGAAGAAGAUGCUCAGCAGCUGCAAAUGCCACCCAAUUUUGGAAACAGGACACUGAGUGGGCUUUCUGCUGCCUAUGAGGACAGAAAGAGGGAUUUACCACAAGACUGCAGACCUUCAGACACCACACAGCCUUCUGUUGAUGAUGCAGAGUGGCAAAUAGCCAAGCCAGCAGUUGCAGAGAGAGAUUGUGACAUCCAUGAGAAUUCACCUCUUCCUGUAGAGCACUGUAUGCUAUACGAGGGCAUGAUUGCACAGAUGGUUGACAGUGACAUUGGGCUUUUAGCCAACCCUUGGAACAUUUUUCCUCCACCAUGUGACACUUCCUCAUCCCCUGAUGUAUCCCCAGAAGCAACACCAACAAACACUUUGCACAAGCCCACUGCUGCUAAACCCAAGCCUGAUCAUGCUGAGAUCUUAACUAGCACGCAGCUUCCUGUUCACAGCCCGAAGGAAUCCCAGCAGACAUCAGAGCACAGCAAAGGAGAACACAGCUACUUCCCGCCUUACCAGAAACCACUAAACUCAGCUUUCCGCCCUGCCACUGCCAGUUCUUCAACUUCAACUUCUGUGAGUCCACCGAAACCCUUUUCCAGACCGUCAAACUUGUCCCCUUCCACAGACGACCACUGCACCUUCACAGCACAACAAAAUCUCUUGGCUUUGGAGCAAGAAAAUGAGAUUUUGGAGAAGGACAUUGAGGAGACUAUUGAUAGAAAAUAUAGAAAUGCAAAGAGAAAGAGAAGUAAGCCCAUACCAGGAGCACUUACCACCUUAUUGGAGGAGCAGGAGGAGGAAGCUCACAUCAGUGGGAACCCUCAAUCUUGGCUCUUCCACUCACAGGUAGGCUCUGUAGCCAAAGAGGGCAGCAGUUACAAAAAGGGUCAAACUGCGGGGACCUUGUUAAGAAAUGCUCCCACUGUUCACAGCAAUAGCAGGCUGUUCCCUUUUUCUUACCAAGUGUCUUUGCGUAAUCUGCAGGAUUUCAGUCGAAUCAAAGUUGCUGAAUCCUUGCUGCACUGGGCAGUGAAGUAUCUUGUUGUUCCAAAGGAUACAGAUAAUCCACACAACAUGUCAGUAACCUCUGAGAGGACUGAAGUUAUUUAACCGUAGGUUCAAAAUGUUGAAAGACAGAUAAACUGGCCUGUUAUUGUUUCAGUAGCUGUUUUCAGUUUGUUGAGUAUUUCGGUCUCCUCUGACCAAGUGUUGACUCAUGUUAAUGUUCCAGAGCACCUCUGUAUAGUUGGAUGUCUAUAUCUGUAUUUUCGCAAGUUUCUUUGCUGUCUUAACUAAACUAGAAUACUAAAAAAAAGAAAAAAAUUAUUCAAAGUCCAUUUGCCAGCUUUUUUCUGGAGCCGACAAAUACAUCUUGCAUUGUCUUUCAGCGGAUGUUUUCCCACUUAAAAACUAGUGGAAAAAAACCUGUUAAAAGUUUGAUCAUGAUAAGGAUGUGUUGUAAUAUUAAACUCCAUGCGCGGUCCACUGAACACACACUUUUGACACAUUAUGGCCUUUUAAAGUUCAUUUGGUGAACCAGCUGCCUAUAAAUCCAACACACCAUCUCCUGAGAAAAAUAUCUGGCUCUUUGGCUGCUAAAUGUUCCACUGUGGUCAACAUCUAGUUGCUAGAAAUGUAAUUUAAUGAGUGUAGUGAACACUCAACAGGACAUUCAUUCAACUCAUUAUUUCAAGUUACAAGAUAUAGUGUCAGAAGAAGUCAGGAUUAAUAGUUGUAAAAUAGUUCUGAAAACUAUCAUUUAAAGUUGCCUUAAAAGUCAUUAAAUGUAUUUAUUUUAUGAGGUUAAUGAUAAAAGAUUAGUUGAUUUCACCAAAGUCUUUAUAUGAUGUUUUGCCUUUAUUCGAACACUUACGGUAUAUACUAUAGUCAUGUAAUACUGCAGUAUGACUUGUAAGAAUAGUUUUCUAUUUGUCCAGAAGAUGUCACCAAAUACCACACAUGUUUGGGCUUGGAUUAGAAAAAGGAUGAAGUGUCUAAAUGCAAAUUGCCAGUGAACUCUACCCAAAAUGUACACCAGGUCAAAAUCUCAACAUUUUCACUGCACUGAAAAUACCGUGGAUGGAGAAGUUGUCAUUAGCUCAGUGGUUAAAUGGUUAGAGUGCACAAAAGUGUGUGUGUGUCUGUGUGUGUUUUGCUUGCUGUUACUGCAGUUGGAUGCAUGAGCUUAAUUGAGCAGAAUGAUGUAUGUACAAUAUGUGACAUUAGAAGACACAUUCAUCUCCUACAGCUGUAAGGUUUCUCUAUGUUUUCCUUAAAUCUCAGUUUAAGAUGUGUAUAUAGCUGCAUAAUGUUGUGACAUAAAAAUUCGUUUGAAAGCAGUAUACACAAGUGUGACGUGGAAACUUGAAACCUCAAUACUUAAAAUUAACUUUUUAGUGAAGUAUGAGAUGUGUUGUGUCCAACUGUUAACAUUUUUGCAUAUUCAUAGAUAGUGGCAUUUUCGAUAAAGGGAAAUGAAUAGAGGCAACUUUAAGAAUUUUAACUAGGUAUUUGAACUUGUUAGUUUAAAAACCAUAGGACAAAAUUUAUUCUUCAAAAUUAUUUUAUUAUUAUUUAUAUUAAAAUAAUAAUUAUAUUUCCUAAAACAUGUCUGGAGUCCUAAUGUCCUGUAACUACAGUACUUUUUGGAUUUACUGAAGAACAUCAAGUUACAUCUUUGAAUUUUUUUUGACCCCAGUUUUUAUUGAUUGUCAGCUCAACUGAUUGGAUCUGCUAAAUUUUAGGGUAAACUUGAGAGAUCCCAAACAUUUCUCUUUGCCUUUUGCCUAAAAUUAGGAAGAAAUUGAUAAGCUCUCUCCCUCUAAGGUCAGGCUUUCUAAAAUGUAUGAAGAAAGGUCUUUUGAAAUUCGCUAGAAGGUACAGUGAGCUGUGGCACCCUGGGUAAAAAUAAAUAAAUAAAUAAAAUAAAUAUAUAUAUUUCACAUGAAAAACUUGGUAAUCUGUUCAUAAUUUAUUUGAAACAUUACUUGAGUUCCCUCUAAACUCAAAAUUUUGUGAAUUAUGUGGUUUCUCAUACUGAUUAUGUAAUUAUGAUGUUCACAGUUAGGUUUUGUUAGUUGUAUGGUGUCAGUUGAUAUCAGAUCCAAGGAUGUUUGUACAGCAUGGAGUUUCUAAAUUAAUGCUUCUAAAACAGUGGUGGAAGAAGGUGUCGAAGAGAAGCCAGGAACUUGGGGGAGCAGGACAGAAUCCAACUGCAGACACAAAAGACAGGCUGAUGCGGUGAAGGUGUUUUAAUUUACAAAAUAAGACUUAAACAUAGAUGGAUGGGUGAACAGGUGGGGGAGUGACAAGCAAACUAGUAGAAACAAAUGACAGGAUUCUUUGCACAAGGAACAUGAGAGAUCAUACAUAGACAAACUGACAAAGAGCAAGAGACAGAGGUAGGUUAAAAUAGUGACCAGGAUAAUAAAGUAACUGGGAACAGGUGUGUAAGUGGGAAGGGAAGCUAGGUGAAUAAGUAGAACAGGAAAAAAGUUAGGGGACAUCUGGUGGGAUAAUGGAAAAUGCCAGGUAAUCAGAAAGGCUGGAAUCAAUCAAGUGACUGAAACUGAAACAACAAACAGAUACACAAGGAAAUUUAUCUCAAAAUAAAACAGGAAAUAACAGAGUCCAGUCAUAAAGUCACUCAGAGGCGCAGAUCAUGACAGAAGGAUCCUUUACUUAAGUAAAAGUCCCAGUGCAGCAAUGUGAAAAUACUUCAAUAAAAGUAAAUGUCCUACGUCAAAAAAAUCCUACUUAAGUUAAAAGUACAUAGGUAUGAGCAGCAAAACUGGUUUGGUCCCUCUGACUAUAUUAUCAUAUAUGACAUUAUUAGAUGAUUAAUACUGAAGCAUCAUUGUAUAAGCAGCAUGUUAGCGUUGUAGCUGCUGCAGAUUGAACUAGGCUGAACUACUUUAUAGACAGUUUUAUAUACAGGGACACCAGAUAAAUCUGAGGAGUUGUGAGUUGGGUUUUUGUUUUUUGGCAGGAUUUUUUCCAGGUGAUUUUUAAUUUCUCCAUGCACUCUAAACACAAGGUACAUAUAUUGUGUGUUAGCAAGUUAUGUAACAUUUCUGUAUUGUCUUUCUUUUGGCUACAAAUAUAUUUUAACUGGAAAAGACAUUCUGCUAGACAGGCUUUAGGAAGUCAGGUGAGAUAGUAUAAUGAGCACC